CCACUCCCCUCCCAGAGCCUGGAGAGAACCCAGGAGUCCCGGCUCCCAGCCCCUGGCUAAGGCUCCCAGCCCCCCCGGCCAGGCUGUGGGGCCGGGGUGCUGCCCCACGGGGCCCCUCAGUCUGUUCCGGCGCCUCCCCCUUGCCCCCGGGGGCGCCCCUCCGCGCCCAGCCCCAUCCCGACCCUUGCGCCUCUCGGCCCGGCCUCUCUCUCCCGCCCUCCCGGAGCUGGGCAGGGCUCCGGGUCCCUCCCUCCCCGGCGGGCUGGGGCUGGGACCGGGGCCGGGCAAGGCGGGGCGGGCGCGGGGCUCCCUCGCCGGGAACUUUCCGGCCCGGCAGAGCGAGCGGGGAGCGGGGAGCGGGGCUGAGCCAUGAGCCGGCUGGACCUGGACACGCACCGCCUGGCGCUGCUGGCCGCCAAGGAGGACAUCGGGAGCCGGCGCCUCUCCGCCGACUGGGCCAUCUUUGCGUAUGGGAAGCACAAUGAGCUGAAACUCCUGGACUCGGGAGCCGGCGGGGUAGACGAGCUGGCUGGGAAGUUCUCCAGUAGCAGCGUCAUGUACGGCCUCUGCCGCGUCCAGGACCCCAGCUCCGGGCAGCCCCGCAUCAUCCUCAUCAACUGGGUGGGGGAGAAGGUGCCGGAGUCCUACAGACAGACCUGUGCGGGCCAUCUGCCUGCCAUCAAGGCCUUCUUCAAGGAGGCCAGCCUGGUGCUGAGUGCCCGCCGCCCCGAGGAGGUGACGCAGGAGGGGCUGCACCGCGUGCUGUCCCGGCUCGCGCCAGCAGGGGGCAGCGCCUCCAGGCGAGCACCAGCCAGCGGCUCUGAGGAACUGGUGGGCACCAACUACAGGAAAACGAACCCCGCCCUGGAGAUCCGCAGGACCAAACGGGAUUCGUUCUGGGCGCAGGCCGAGAGGGAAGAGGAGCAGCGGAAGGAGGAGGAGCGCCGGCGGCUGCUGGAGGAGCGCAAGCGCUGGGAACGCGAGCGCAUGGAGGAGGAGAAGAGAGAGGCGGCUGAGCGAGAGCGCAAGUUCAAGGAGAAAGAGAGGCUGAUCGAGGAGCAGAGGAAGGAGCAGGCCCGGCUGGAGGCCGAGGAGCGGAGGAAGGAGAAAGCCCGAUGGGAGCAGCAGCAGCGGGAGCACGAGGAGGCCAUGCGGGACCGGUUCCGGCGCAGCGAGUCCAUCGAGAAGGCUGUGGAGGCGGCCACGCUGGUCUCCCAGCGCUCACAGAACCCCCGGGAGUUCUUCAGGCAGCGGGAACGCUCCAGCUCCACUUCGGGUGCCCAGUCGCCCCCCUCGCCCCUGGGGGUCAGGCCAGGAGCACCCCACAGGCCCUACCUGCGUUACCAGCGCAGCCUGACGGAGUCUGCCUACAUCUUCCGCCGGCCAGAGCCCCCCGCUUCGCCGGGGGACUUCCUCCCGGCCCCCUCCAGCCCUCGCCCCCCUGAGUCCAGCUCCAGCAGGACUGCCCUUCCCGCCAGUCCACGCAGACCCACACCCCUGUCCCCCACCAGCCCGCGUGGGACAGGGCCCCUGCCCCCCAUCAGUCCGCCUGGGGCCAAACCCCGUCCCCCACCAGCCCAUGCCGGACAGGGCCCCUGCCCCCCAUCAGCCUGCCUGGGGCCAAACCCCUGCCCCCCACCAGCCUGCACGGGGCCAAACCCUCGUCCCCAACCAGCCCGCACGGGACAGGGCUCCUGCCCCCAGCUAUUCAUCCCAGGACCAAAGAUUUGUUCCACAUCAGCCCAGAUGGAACCAUGACUCUGCCUCCCAUCAGCCUGGCUGAACCCAGGUCUCCAGCCCCUGCUCACCAUGCCAGAGCUGGGUCUCCACCCCCUGCCAGCCUCCCACCCCCUCCCAGAGCCGGGACUCCACCCCCUGCCAGCCCCCCACCCCUUCCCAGAGCCAGAUCUCCAUCCCCUGCCAGCCCUCCCAGAGCUGGGUCUCCACCCCCUGCCAGCCCCCCACGAGCUGACUCUUCACCUCUUCUCUCUCUACCCCCUGCCCCAGUGUCUCUGAGCCAGCCUCCAGCUACAUUUCUGCUGACGGAGGAGGAUGCCCCUUGCAUAGCUCCCAGAUCACUCCAGGGCCCCUCUGAGAGCUCCCUGCUGGCAGAGCUGGUGCCCUCUGAGGGGCCCCAUGGCAGUGUCCCAGAUGUGCCGAUUGGGGCCCUUGCUGACCCCACUAACUCAUCACUGGCUGGGGGGGAGCCGGCUCAAAGCUGCCCAGUUCUCUCCAGCGCAGAGUCCUGCUCCCUGGAACCUCUGCCUCAGUCCGCACCCCUGUGGCCCUGGCAUCCCGGCCCCUCCACGGCUGCAGCCCCCAGGCCUGGCGAGGACCCCAUGACAGGUGGAGAGGCACCGCUGGAGCCCUCCCACGGGCCCCUCCUGGCGCCAGAGGCCAGCCUGGCCGAGCUCCUCCCGGAGUCAGGACACAACGGCAUAGCAGGGCAGGAGGCCGGGAGGUGGCCGGAGCUCAGGGAGCUGGAGCCGGAGCCGGAGCCGGAGCCAGGAGAGAAGGACGCCCUGAGCGGCAGUGCCAAGGUCCAGCUGCAAGCGGCGUGGGAUCCCCCAGCAGGGGGGACAGCCUGGAUCUCUCUGCAAGGCGGCGCCAGGCAGGCGGCGCUGGAGGGGGGGGAGGCCGUCGAGGGCCCCUCCCCCCACACUGCGUAGACAGCAGGGGCUGCCGGACCCCAGCGUGGGCUCGGCUGUAUGACUGCGACGUGCCGGGGGGCUGCUCAGAUUGCCCCCCCCCGGGCCCUUCUAAGAACCAGCAAUUCCCCCCACACACACUCUGGAGGUGCCUGUGGGCCCAACCCCUGCGCUCUGAACCCCCAGCGCCCCGGUCUCUGCUCGCUGGGUGAGCCCCCAACCCACCAUGUUACCCUGCAACCUGGGCGGUGGCCUCCAAGGCCUAAUAAAGGAGCUGUGGGAACUGGC